UGCCAAUAAAAAAAGACAUCUUCAUAAAAAGUAAGCUAUGAUAUUUGUGUUAUAUAAGCAUUAUUGAGUCAAAAAAGUCCACUAAUGAAAGAGUAAGCUUUUGUUUGCGACAUCUAAGUUUCCUACAAUUCAACACCUUUGAAGUAAAUUGUAUGUGUCUUACAGAAGAAGAUUUGCAGAAAUUUCAUGAUGAACACUUUGGAAAGGUAGCUGUGCAAUGUUGGGAAAACGCGUUUCUUCAACCUCCAGUUGAUUUGAAUGUGUCAUAUCCAUACAAUGAAAACCCUACGUUUUCUGCCGUAGAAAGAUACCCGGAUGGAAGCAUUCGAACAUUAACGGACGAGCAAAUAUCGUAUUUUCGAGAAUCAGAAUUACGAGAACUUGAAUGGAAGAGAGAAAAGGAGCAAUUUAUGCAAGAAAAGGAAAAGGCCGCAAAGGCACAUGCACAAACAAGUAUUGCAGCGUCUGUACCGGAGAGUGAACCAAACAUACCAAUGUGCCUGCAAGAAUCCCUACCAUUAGACUCCUACCGAAAUUUGUAUGGAUAUUCUUAUCAUGAUAUUCUUGAAUUAGAGCAAAUUCUCGAUAAUUCGUUUCAGAAAUUUACAGCUGUCAGGACGAAGUAUUGGCCAUCUAUUCCCAUCCGUAGUUGAACUUAACAUAAAUCUUAGGCCUAUACUCAGCUAAAAGUAACGUGGGACGAAAAAAUGUAUUUAUUACUAUUAAUGCUAUGGAUUUGUAUUGUUGCUUAAGUAUAAUAACAAGGGUGAAAGUCGUGUUUCAUUGUUUCAAUAGCAAAACGGUUCAUCUGAGUUUAUUUUUAGAUGGGAUCUGGAUUUGAAGAUGAAUACGAUGGUAGAAACAACAUUCAAUUCGCCAUCGUCUUUUAAUGAAUGAAAAUCAACAUAAGAACAGAGUAAUGAAAAGCAAGUUUGACAAUUCUCUCAUUUGUUGCGUUUUUCUUACUAAAUAAUUUGUUUAUGUCCAUUUCUUAGCAUUAUAUUCGUAUAGUAAUAUUCAAUAGCUCAAAUAAUCUUUUCAAAUUACAAUUUCCUUUUUUUUUAUGAA